AUGUUGUCAAAUAAACCGUUGCUACCUUUAGUACUAAUCCUAUUUGGUGCUGUUAUCUAUGCCUUGGAUACUUCAUAUGUAUCCUCAAUUACAACUAUUACAUCUACAGUUUGCCCGACAUGUGUUACCGAUACUAUCUUCAGCAGUUCAGACAUUGUCUUAACUACUUAUACCUCUUCCACUAUUGUAACCACAGCUGAUUUCUGUCCAACUUGUAUUACUUCUACCUUUUAUGAUACUAGUGGAGUUUCUUCAAGCACUUCAAUUUUAUUUACUUCUAGUGCUACAACCAUUAAUAUUGCUCCAUCCAGCCUCUCAAAUAAACCAUCUAUCUUUAUUCAAUCAUCUAGCAGCAAGCAUGACAAACCAAGUUCUGUUAAUGAACCAUCCAUCUCUUCUAGUGGAUCAUCUAGUAGUUGGUAUGUCCAAUCAGGUUCUAGUAGUCAAUCCAGUUCUUUUAUUGAACCAUCCAUCUCUUCUGGUGGAUCAUCUAGUAGUUGGUACGUUCAAUCAGGUUCUAGUACUCCACACAGUUCUAGUAUUCAAUCUAAGUCUUUUAAUGAACCAUCCAUCUCCUCUGGUGGAUUAUCUAGUAGUUGGUAUGCCCAAUCAGGUUCUAGUACUCCACACAGUUCUAGUAUUCAAUCUAGUUCUUUUAAUGAACCAUCCAUCUCCUCUGGUGGAUUAGCUAGUAGUUGGUACGUUCAAUCAGGUUCUAGUACUCCACACAGUUCUAGUAUUCAAUCUAGUUCUUUUAAUGAACCAUCCAUCUCCUCUGGUGGAUCAUCUAGUAGUUGGUAUGUCCAAUCAAGUUCUAGUACUCCACACAGUUCCAGUAGUCAAUCCAGUUCUUUUAUUGAACCAUCCAUCUCUUCUAGUGGAUCAUCUAGUAGUUGGUACGUUCAAUCAGGUUCUAGUACUCCACACAGUUCUAGUAUUCAAUCUAGUUCUUUUAAUGAACCAUCCAUCUCCUCUGGUGGAUUAUCUAGUAGUUGGUACGUUCAAUCAGGUUCUAGUACUCCACACAGUUCUAGUAUUCAAUCUAGUUCUUUUAAUGAACCAUCCAUCUCCUCUGGUGGAUUAGCUAGUAGUUGGUACGUUCAAUCAGGUUCUAGUACUCCACACAGUUCUAGUAUUCAAUCUAGUUCUUUUAAUGAACCAUCCAUCUCCUCUGGUGGAUCAUCUAGUAGUUGGUAUGUCCAAUCAAGUUCUAGUACUCCACACAGUUCCAGUAGUCAAUCCAGUUUUUUUAAUAAACCAUCCAUCUCUUCUAGUGGAUCAUCUAGUAGUUGGUAUGUCCAAUCAAGUUCUAGUACUCCACACAGUUCCAGUAUUCAAUCCAGUUCUUUUAAUGAACCAUCCAUCUCUUCUAGUGGAUCAUCUAGUAGUUGGUAUGUCCAAUCAGGUUCUAGUAGUCAAUCCAGUUCUUUUAUUGAACCAUCCAUCUCUUCUGGUGGAUCAUCUAGUAGUUGGUACGUUCAAUCAGGUUCUAGUACUCCACACAGUUCUAGUAUUCAAUCUAGUUCUUUUAAUGAACCAUCCAUCUCCUCUGGUGGAUUAUCUAGUAGUUGGUAUGCCCAAUCAGGUUCUAGUACCCCACACAGUUCUAGUAUUCAAUCUAGUUCUUUUAAUGAACCAUCCAUCUCUUCUAGUGGAUCAUCUAGUAGUUGGUACGUUCAAUCAGGUUCUAGUACUCCACACAGUUCUAGUAUUCAAUCUAGUUCUUUUAAUGAACCAUCCAUCUCCUCUGGUGGAUUAUCUAGUAGUUGGUAUGCCCAAUCAGGUUCUAGUACCCCACACAGUUCCAGUAGUCAAUCUAGUUUUUUUAAUAAACCAUCCAUCUCUUCUAGUGGAUCAUCUAGUAGUUGGUACGUCCAAUCAAGUUCUAGUACUCCACACAGUUCCAGUAGUCAAUCCAGUUCUUUUAUUGAACCAUCCAUCUCUUCUAGUGGAUCAUCUAGUAGUUGGUACGUUCAAUCAGGUUCUAGUACUCCACACAGUUCUAGUAUUCAAUCUAGUUCUUUUAAUGAACCAUCCAUCUCCUCUGGUGGAUCAUCUAGUAGUUGGUAUGUCCAAUCAAGUUCUAGUACUCCACACAGUUCCAGUAGUCAAUCCAGUUCUUUUAUUGAACCAUCCAUCUCUUCUAGUGGAUCAUCUAGUAGUUGGUACGUUCAAUCAGGUUCUAGUACUCCACACAGUUCUAGUAUUCAAUCUAGUUCUUUUAAUGAACCAUCCAUCUCCUCUGGUGGAUUAUCUAGUAGUUGGUACGUUCAAUCAGGUUCUAGUACUCCACACAGUUCUAGUAUUCAAUCUAGUUCUUUUAAUGAACCAUCCAUCUCCUCUGGUGGAUUAGCUAGUAGUUGGUACGUUCAAUCAGGUUCUAGUACUCCACACAGUUCUAGUAUUCAAUCUAGUUCUUUUAAUGAACCAUCCAUCUCCUCUGGUGGAUCAUCUAGUAGUUGGUAUGUCCAAUCAAGUUCUAGUACUCCACACAGUUCCAGUAGUCAAUCCAGUUUUUUUAAUAAACCAUCCAUCUCUUCUAGUGGAUCAUCUAGUAGUUGGUAUGUCCAAUCAAGUUCUAGUACUCCACACAGUUCCAGUAUUCAAUCCAGUUCUUUUAAUGAACCAUCCAUCUCUUCUAGUGGAUCAUCUAGUAGUUGGUAUGUCCAAUCAGGUUCUAGUAGUCAAUCCAGUUCUUUUAUUGAACCAUCCAUCUCUUCUGGUGGAUCAUCUAGUAGUUGGUACGUUCAAUCAGGUUCUAGUACUCCACACAGUUCUAGUAUUCAAUCUAGUUCUUUUAAUGAACCAUCCAUCUCCUCUGGUGGAUUAGCUAGUAGUUGGUACGUUCAAUCAGGUUCUAGUACUCCACACAGUUCUAGUAUUCAAUCUAGUUCUUUUAAUGAACCAUCCAUCUCUUCUAGUGGAUCAUCUAGUAGUUGGUACGUUCAAUCAGGUUCUAGUACUCCACACAGUUCUAGUAUUCAAUCUAGUUCUUUUAAUGAACCAUCCAUCUCCUCUGGUGGAUUAUCUAGUAGUUGGUAUGCCCAAUCAGGUUCUAGUACCCCACACAGUUCCAGUAGUCAAUCUAGUUUUUUUAAUAAACCAUCCAUCUCUUCUAGUGGAUCAUCUAGUAGUUGGUACGUCCAAUCAGGUUCUAGUACUCCACACAGUUCUAGUAUUCAAUCUAGUUCUUUUAAUGAACUAUCCAUAUCUUCUGGUGGAUCAUCUAGUAGUUGGUACGUUCAAUCAGGUUCUAGUAGUCAAUCCAGUUCUUUUAUUGAACCAUCCAUCUCUUCUGGUGGAUCAUCUAGUAGUUGGUACGUUCAAUCAGGUUCUAGUACUCCACACAGUUCUAGUAUUCAAUCCAGUUCUUUUAAUGAACCAUCUAGUCCCACUUUCUAUCCAGUAAACUCAUAUACUGAGGAUAACCCAAAACAAAAUGCGUCAAAUAAUAUAAGUAACAUCGUUCCUCAAAAAAAUACACCUUUAAUUGCCACCCAAACUUCUGUAACAGUUUCAAACUUUGUGCCGUUUGUCAGUACUAUUUAUUUUGAAAGUAGCAGAUGUAAAUUGGUAACUUCUAACACCCUAUAUCAAAAUGCUACUAUUGCUACCAUUACUACCUGCAGCAGUCUUGAAUUGUGCACCAUUGAAACUAUUGUUUCCACAAAAACAAGAAUUAAUACCAGAAAUUUAACAAAUACCGUUACUAUUCCCACCAAUAAGCUAGUUCCUAUUACUACUACAGCGGGUUCAACAGAAGAAAAUAUAACAGCUAUUUUUUCUACUCAGACAAAAGAUUCUACAACUACUGUUGUUUCUAAUAAUGUUUUUUCUAUUUCUGAAGUAGCAACUAUUAAAGAUGGUGGUAAUUCUAUUAGUCCUGGGAAUACAUUCAUUUUAAGUUUUAUGAUUAUCUUGGCCAAUUUUAUUUAA